AUGCGGCGACAUGUUGAUGCACUCGUUAGAUACCGUCAAGACACGACAACAAGGCGAUCCGACUUUCCCCCCAAAUACACAUCGAUGGGCCAGUCGUAUGCAACCAUCUACCGCCAAGAAGGAUUUUGUCGUGGAUUAUAUGGAGGUGUGACGCCGGCCCUCCUCGGCUCGUUCCCCGGUACUGUGAUUUUCUUUGGUGUAUACGAGUACACCAAGCGUCUCAUGAUCGACUCAGGGAUCAAUCCCAGUCUUGCAUAUCUAUCGGGUGGCUUCGUGGCCGACUUGGCUGCGUCAGUCGUCUAUGUACCGUCCGAGGUGCUGAAAACACGACUUCAGUUACAAGGUCGAUUCAACAACCCGCAUUUCAACUCGGGAUAUAACUACCGCAAUAUGAGAGAUGGAUUCCGUUCGAUUGUCCGCCAGGAAGGGUUCUCAGCAUUAUUCCACGGAUACAAGGCUACUAUUUUCCGCGACCUGCCAUUCUCCGCGCUUCAAUUCGCUUUCUACGAGAAAGAACAGUCAAUGGCUAAAGAAUGGGUUGGAAAGCGGGACAUUGGGUUAGGCUUGGAGAUCGUGACAGCUGCCACUGCUGGUGGCAUGGCUGGUGUCAUCACCUGUCCGAUGGACGUGGUCAAGACCCGCAUUCAAACCCAAAAGAACGUUCCAGAGACUCCUCCCUGCUCUGGCACCAAACACCACGUUGAGCAUGUUCCCAAAGAAAGCCCACGCCCACAUGCACCUGCAUCCUCACAUUCCCAUAACUCACGAGCACACUCGCGUCCCAUUUCCACAUCGGGAGCCUCCACAUCAAUUCCACCGCCCGGCACGCCGCGCCUCGAUACGUCAUCCGUCUUCACUGGGCUGAAGAUGAUCUACCGCACGGAAGGUCUUGCGGGGUGGUUCCGCGGCGUGGGCCCACGCGGUGUAUGGACUAGCAUUCAAAGCGGGACUAUGCUGGUCAUGUACCAGUACCUGCUCAAGCAACUCGAAUCCCACCAGAUCCUGGAAGAGCGAGGGAUUUGA